CGCGGUGCUUCCAUUUUCAGUAUCGGUCUCCAUAGACUGCAAGUGAAGUGAAAGUGCUAGGGUUUCGUAUCUCCUAAAGUCUAAGCGCCAAGGCCCUCUCACCGCCGAAGCAAAUUCGAUAGCCAUGGCGAGCACCAAAGUGCAGAGGAUUAUGACCCAGCCGAUUAACUUGAUAUUCAGAUUUCUUCAAAGUAAAGCCCGUAUUCAGAUUUGGCUAUUUGAGCAAAAGGACCUUAGGAUCGAAGGCCGAAUUAUUGGAUUUGAUGAGUACAUGAAUUUAGUUCUGGAUGAUGCUGAGGAAGUCAAUAUUAAGAAAAAGAGUAAAAAGACACUUGGGAGGAUUCUCCUCAAAGGAGACAAUAUUACGUUAAUGAUGAACACGGGAAAAUGAUGAUCAUCCAGCAAAACACAUUAUUUAGAUAGAGUUGGCACUUCCAUUGUAUGGGACUAUAGCUUUUUACUAGUUACGUUUGAUUGAAGUUGUAUCCUUCUACGUUUUAGGCCGUGGAUGAUACUUAACUACUUGAUAUUUGGAUGUGAAGUGCCAUAUUAUUGUUGGUAGGUAUUAUCCUUUUAUGUGAUAUUCGUUUUAAUUCAUCGUCCUUCCUAUAA